AUGGAAAGCCGAGAUUUCGCUCCUCCGCACCACCUCCUGACGGAGCGGAGCGCGUUGGUUCACAGCGCCGCGUCUCGGAUGGCGCCAGGCGGCCACGGCUCCGUGCAGCACCCCGCUCACUUCCAGCCUGGAAAAUACUAUUCGUCUCACCUCUCCGUGGGUCCGCACUCAGGUGCUUCCUUCAUGGGUUCCUUCCUGGCCAGCAGUCUGGGGUCGCCGCCCUCCCACCCUGCUCACCCCUCGGGACCUGCUGCCUCCCCUUCCUCCCCCUCCUACAGGCCUGGACCCCAUUCGAGCGCUUCCCCUAUCUGGUUCCCCCACUCACAUGAAGGGUACCCCAGCUAUUCAGGAAGUCUUGCUUCUCCUUUCCUCCCCAUGAGUCCUCUGGAUCACCAUAGCAACGGUCUCUAUGGACAGCACCGCUUCUAUGAAACUCAGAAAGAUCACUUCUACCUGAGAGGCCUUCCUCCCCAGCCCCCUCUGCUCUCCACCAGUCACAGCCUUCCUCCGCUGUCCAGGACUGCCCCAGGCCACCCACUUGGCUCUUGCAGCCGAGAGACAGACAAUGGGGGAGGAGGCGGGAAGAGCACCAAGGAUGUGGGCGAGAAAGGAGUUUCAUCUGUGUCAAAGACGAAGGAGCGAUCAAGCAGCAAGGAGCGGCACCAGGAGGGCAAAGACAAACAGCAUCAGCUUCAUCAUCACCAUCCUCAUCAGACAAACCCUGCCACCACUCCAUCCGGUCACCACCACCAAGCCUACCCCCACCCUCACCACGCCCUCCUCCCUCAGCUCACACCACAGAGCAGGGAGGAGGACCACAGACACUCUCUGGAGCGACACAAGGAGUACAGAGACAGUGACUCAGGCAGUCAGGAUACGAAACACAUGAGUGCCUGUAAACUGUCCAGUAGUUCAGGAGCAGAGACUGGCUCUGGAGGAAAAGGGGGAGCACUGAGCAGCUGCAGCGGUGGUGGGGUGGGUAGACCUCCAUCUGGAGCAGGCAGGCGGUGCUCCAAGGAUGGAGCCAUAAACGGGGAGAUGAGGAUCAGCGAAUCCUCAGCUUCUUCUAAUGAAUGUAUGAGAAGAGGUGCGGCUGCAGUAACAGCCAUCUUGGCACCUCCAAACCCCCACUCUGUGGCCUCCUACUCCAUGCCUCCUCCUCCCCCUCCGCCACCUCCUCCUCAUGCUUUGCACAUGGGCUCCACAGUGGCAGGAGGGUGGCUGCACCAUGCACAUCACCACCCUCAUCCUGAGUUCUACUGUCCCCCAGCACCUCUUACACUGACGCCCUCCAAAGAUCCAGCGUCCUCCCCUGGAGGGUCUGGCAGGGAGGCAAAAGUAACUGGCCCAACUUACGUGCCCUCAGUUGGGCCACUGGGAGACCUGGCAGCCACUGACUGCCGUGGAGCAGGAGGAGGUGGGAGAAAGUCAGAUGACAAGAGUGGGGAAGGAUCUUAUGAAAGUCCCUCUCAUCACCUUAGCCUACUAAGUAGUUGCCAAAAGAAGGACAAAUCUCAGCCACAUCAGCAGCAGCUGGGAUACGGCAAGGCUGACAAACCUCCUGACUGGAGCCAACAGACGCAGCACUUCCACAAACCCAGCUCCAAUGUGAGCUCUCAGACUGAGCUGCGGUCCUGCAGCUUGGACAGGUCCUCAACCUUCAGAGAUGUAGAGGUUGUGGACGAUGUUUACCGGCCCUCUCUCCCACUAGAGGCCCAAGGGACACACCCUGGUGCUGGACAGGGCACACCCAAGAAUGGCACCGACACCAGCACUCCUCCUUUCAGGGACUGUUCACACUCAGGUCCUCAUCCUGAUGGGAGGAUGGGGUCAGGGGCAACAUCUCAGAGGGAGGGGCAAAAGGUUGCAAGGAUAAGGCACCAGCAGCACAGCAGCCAUGGAGCAAGUACAGAAGAGAGGGGAAGAGACGGAGGUCAGAUAGCACCUUCCUGGGGGGCUCGAGUGGGCUACCAAGAGGACCAGAGAAAAGCUUCCCAUCAUGUAUCAGUUGGUAAUGGUGAAGUAAGAGGGCUCAGCACCAGAGCUCCAAACGGUGACCACAACCAACCCCAUUCUCAACCGCCUCCACCUCUAUCCCGCUCCUCAUCGCACAACACUGAGGGCGAGGGCAGUGCCAUGAAGAACCUAAUGAACUACAGCUCCCAGCAGCCUUUGCUGCUACCCCAGCGGGGCCCCUUUGGAGGUCUGGGCUGCCUCAAACAGGGUGGAGAGAGAUCAGAAAAGUGCGACAGGGGAGGAGCUAAAAGCAACACCUCGCCGCAAGACCCUCCCAAACAAUCGCUUCCUCCUCGCCGAGGCUCCACUAACGAGGGAGAGAGAGGGGACAGAGGUGGAAAGGAGGCGGGGGAGGCAGGUGAGGGGGAGGUGCGUCAGCCUCCGGUGGGUAUUGCGGUUGCGGUAGCCAGGCCUCCCCAUCGUUCCCCAGACAACACCCCUGGACACAGCAGACAGGGCAGGGUGCUGCCCAGCAUGAAAGGAGUGUCACGCCCUGUGUAUCCACUCGGUCGGGAGGCAGAGGAGAGGAAGAGGAUGACAGAAGAACAGAUCAGCCUUCAUCACUUGGACAGAGACAGAGAAAUGAUCAUCAGGGAGAACAAGGAUCGCGUGGAGUUCGCCAGGAUCCACCCUUCCAGUAGUUGCCACGGUGACCUGACCUCUCACCUCUUGGUUCCCGGAGGGGCCAGUAGGUUAGGGGCGGACCCUGCUCACCCGGCUCACCACCACUGGAUGCAAAGGACAGGAAGUCCCUCCCUCUGGAUGGGGCAUUCAUAUAGUCUGAGCCAUGUGGGAAUGGGCCCAGGCUUCCCGCCAGGUCUGCCCAGCCCUCUGCAGCCAGUCUUAGGGUCACUCACCCAAGACCCCAACUCCCCGCUGGUGGUUCUUCCUACAGAAACUGGGCCUCAUCAUCACCUUGACGUUCUGGAGCAGUCAGGUCUGUGGCCCCCUGUGUACGGAGGCAGAGGCCCUCCUUCUCACCUGCAGCAUCACCCCGUCUACUCCCGCUCCUCAUUCCUGCGGCAACAGGAGCUGUACGCCCUGCAGCAUCAGCACCAGCAGCAGCAGCGAGCCAUGGAGCACAUGCAGCGUCACUCCUUAGGACAGAGAAAAGCCGAGGAGCAAGCCAUCACCAUAGACGACUCUCCUCAUGAAUCCUCCGCAUCCAGAACUCCCUCCUCUUCAUCCUCCUCUUCGUCCACCACCUCCUCUCAUGUGGCCAAACCUUUCUCCCAUACCCCUCCUCCACCCAAGACGCCCACGCCAUCUCCAGGGAUGUGUCCCAGCAGCCAUCAGUCGCCUUGCUACCACUCCCCAUCCAGGCGACCGCACCCACCAAACCCGCUGACCCCUGCGCCGAGCCCGGCUGCAGCAGCGCCCCGCUCCCCGGCACUCAGCCCUGCUCCCUCGCACCUCUCUAAGGGGCUGGAGAGGGGCAGUGACAGAGGAGAGGGGCAGCCACCUCAGGACUACCCGCAAUCCCUAGAGCCAGAUCUGCCACCUGUUUACACCUACCCUCUGCUCACCAUGGGUUACAAGGCCGGGCCCUCGCCUCCCGAAGCCCGACUGGCUGAGCAAGCCACGGUGGAGGCGGAGCCGGCAGAACCUGAAUCCAAGUCCCUCCCACUUCCGUGCCACAUCCAGCCUCUCACUGAAGAAGAGGAGAGGAGGGAAGAAGAGGAUGGGAGAGACUAUGAAGCGGUGGAAGCCCAGAGUGGAGUUGCAGAGGAAGAGAAGGAAGAAAGGAGGGUGAAAGCAAAGGGAUGCUCCGAGCCCGAGAGUGAGAUUUCUGGAUUGCCGCCAUGCCCUUCCCCAACUCCAGUUCCAGAUCCAGCAUGCGCGGCCACAGCCACAGGCAAAGCCCUAAAAGUAGAGCUCUCUCUGGGUUGCCUGGGCCAGAAGGCCAGCCUGGAGGAGCCUCAACUAUCCAAAGAGCAGGAGGAUGAUAAGGAGCAUGGAAAAGAGGACAUGGAGGAGGAUGAGGGGGAGAAAAUGGGGCCUGAACCAACAGAAUGUACUGACUCUGUAUUUGGAGUGGAGGAGAAGGAGGAGGUGGAGGAGGAUGGGGGCAAAGACGAAGAGAAUGUAGAGGUGGUUGAGGAGGAGGAGGAGGAGGAGGAGGAGGAGGAGGAGAAGGGGAGUGGGAUGAGUCCAGGCGAGGAUUCGGUGGAACUAAAGUUAAACUCUCCUGCUCCUUCCCAGUCCUCUGACCCCCUCCCUCCUGCAGCGAGCACAGCGGCUCAGCUCCAAGGGGCCUACAUGUGGAGCCUAGAGCUCCUGAUUGCUGCAACUUUGUGUGCCACCAGAGAUGCCAUGUAUCCACCAGUACCUGCCAUCCAGGCCCCAAGCCCUCCACCACACCAUGGUAUGGAGAUACUGGGAGAACUUGCGGAGCUGGAGAUCCAGCAGAGGAGCAGAGAGAGCAGAGAGAAAGACACGGAGGGUGAGGACAUGCUGACCUUUGACCUCCACAGUCUGGCGACGCUGGCGGCCGCCCGUGCCCUGGAGAUGGGGGGAGGGGUUGUCGGUGGGGGGACGGACCAGCAGUGUCCAAUAAGGAAGAGGAUCAACCUGCGCAGGAAGUGCAGCUGGACGCCUCGCCACGAGCCGGUGUGCCCAGUGAAGGGCUCCAUGGAGACGAUGGGAGGGGAGGAGCUGGCCAUGCGUGUCCAGCUGGCUGAGCUACAGCGCCGCUACAAAGAGAAACAGAGAGAACUGGCCAAGCUACAGAGGAAACACGACCACCAGAAAGAGGAGACGUCUCGUAGCCCUGCCCGCCGGGGGCCUGGUCGCCCCCGCAAGCGCAAGUCCACCCCCGGCCCAGCUGCUGCGGAGAGCUCCAAGAGACUCAGAGCGGGGCUGACUUUACUGGAGGAAAAAGCCAGGAAGAAAAUGUCCAAUCACGGCUUCAACAGCCUAAGCUCCGCACAGAUGAAAGCUCGUUGUAAGCACAGAGGUCGACCGAGCGCCCUGAGCUCCAGGCUGGCCAGGCGGGUGACCCAGCUGAAGCAGAAGGCUGCAGCCCAGCGUGGUGCACCAUCGGCAAGCAUGCUGCACUGCAGAGGGACUCCUGGUGAGGAAGAUGCCUCCAAGAGUCACUGCAGACAAGGAAGAAAAGACCUGCAGCAGGACUGGGCAGCUGGUCAGACUGCAAAGAGGAAGAGGGGUCGAAAGCCCAAAGUGUUGAUGGGCGUCAAUGCAAGCAAAGCUCACCACAAGGACGAUCAAGGCUCCAAAAAGCAGGAAGUUAAGGAAGAGAAGAGUGACAGUGAGAGCUCAGAGCGCGAGGAGGAGGAGGAGGAGGGCAGCUACGACAGCGAAGAUGGAGCCAGUGACACCAAGGUUAGCUCAUCCUCUAAAGAAGCUCCUGCAAACCCUGCUGGGAUCGUGCCUUUUUCAUCGCAGUCCUCCAAACUCCAAGUGAACCAGAAAGCCAGGAGUAAGAGACCAGGGCCUCCCGGCACUGGGAGCAUGCCCAGCGUAGAUCAGAGGAGAGCGCCCAGAAGGCCGAGCCUCGCCAACACAGACAGGGGACAUCCAGACCACCAGGGGACCAAAAGAGCGUCUCUGCCAAGCUGGGGUGCACCAUCAGUGGGCUGCAGUUUUGGUGACGGCCGGGGGAACCAUGGAGGUCUGACGGAAGCAAACAGGGCGAGCAAGGAAACCAUGAGGAAGAGCUCAUCAGGACAGGUCAUUCUGGGAAAGGCCAAAGGCCACGCAGUGAGCCGACUCCUGCAGAGCUUCGCAGCCGACGACGGCUUUCGGUUGGAUGAGGAAAGCAGCUUCUCCGAGGGGGAGGAGGAGGAAGAGGAGGCGGAGGAGGAGAUGAAGUUGACCCACCUCCCUCCCAACAUGCCUUGCAGAAUACCCGCCCUGCCAAACUGUGUGUUGAGUAAAGAGAUGUUGGUGGACGGGCUGAAGAUCCUGAUCUCCAAGGAGGACGAGCUGCUGUAUGCUGCCUGCGUUCAAACUCUGGACCUGCCUGACAUAUUCAGUGUUGUCAUCGAAGGAGAAAGAGGGAAUCGUCCCCGUAUUUACUCGUUGGAGCAACUACUUCAGGAAGCUGUGUUAGAUGUGCGGCCCCAGAAUGAGGCCAUCCUGACUGCAGGGACGCGAGUUUGUGCCUACUGGAGCGAGCGUUCUCGCUGUCUUUACCCCGGAUACGUCCACCGAGGAGGGCCAGGUGAGGAGGAGAAGGAGGGGAGCGUGAUGGUGGAGUUUGAUGAUGGAGACAGGGGAAGGAUCUCCCUCGCAAACAUCAGACUUCUGCCCCCAGGAUACCAAAUCUGCUGUGCGGAACCCUCUCCAGCACUUCUGGUCUCACCUGGUCGUCGCGGUCGACGAAGCUCCACCCAGGACAGGAAAGACAAACCCACAGAGAAACCAGCCAAUGAGGAUCCAACAGGGAGGCCCCAAGAGAAAAGACCAGUUGGCAGGCCUAAGAAAGUCCACUCAGUGCCCAAGACUGCCAGCACGCCGACAUCAGUAACAGAAACUGUAACCAAAGGCAACACUUCCUUGUUAAACUGGUCUGCGCCGCCCAGGAAAAGACCGCCAGUUGACUUCUUCCUCUUCAAUGGGACGUCUCGGAAGACCCAGAGGAGGAUACGAGAGCGAGACUUGGGGCUGUUUCAUCGGCCCGCCUCACACCUUCUCGCACCUCCAAUGCCUAUCAAAGGCAUCUUUGGUUCUCCUUUUGAAGGAGACUCCUUCAGUAGCAUCGCCAACAGCUUCUCUACCUUCAAAAAUGGUGGAAGCUCUGGAGCAGGGCGACCGGUUGCCACAGUGGCCUCCAUGGGGCUCCGGGACUCCUCAUCCUCUCCUCUCUCCUCAGCUGUCACCAUGGCAAUGGCAGCUGGGAGCAGAAAGCCAGUAAGCGAACGUGACAGGAAACAGUUUCUGGUGAAGCUCGACCAUGAAGGAGUGACCUCUCCUAAAACAAAGAACGGCAAGGCACUGCUUCGACUUGGGGGGAGUGGAGGGAAGGGAGGAAAGAGUCUCGCCUCUGCUGGAGCACCGCUGCGAUACAUCCACCCUGCGCUGCUGGUUAAAGAUGGCAAGAAGGGAGGAGGGGAAAGAGAUGGUGCUGUGGUCCGUUCUGAGCCUAUUGUAAAGGGCGCUCCACCUCUGAGAAAGGAUCUUCUGUCAGCAGGUCUUGGAGUCCAAGGUGGAGAUUUCAGUUUGGACUACCCGAGUGACUGCCCCAGCUCUUACUCUGAGCUGGAUGAGGAUGAUGAGGAUGAUGGUCAGGAUGCUGAAGCACCAAGAAGAAGUGCAGCAGUCACAUCCCACCGCGGUGGCCGUUUUCUCUCCCGUCUCUCCACCUGCUUCUCCUCAUCUUCCUCCUCCUCUUCCUCCUCCGGCUCCAUCUCCUCCUCGUCCCUCUGCUCCUCAGACAAUGACUCCUCAUACUCCUCUGAUGAAGAGUCCUCAUCUGUGCUGCUGCGCCGUGCGCUGCUCCAGCAGGACAAACAAAAGCACAGGCAGAACAUGACCUCCGACCUCCUGAGCCCCGACCCUACCACCUCCAACUCUUCUCCCACUGCCCCAGCACCGGCUCACGGCUUUGUGGCCAAAGCCAGCAUGGCCGUCUCAGGGUCAAAGGUGCGGGCUGACAGAGCAGAAGACAGGAAGGAGUUCAUGUCAAAAGGAAGUAUGGUGGCUAACAGUAGCACAGCUAAGACCCAGCUGAAGAGGAAAGAAGGAAUUUCUAGCAGCCACCAUCAGAGUCAAAGCAGUCCUGUGAGCCAGCAGCCGAAACCUGUGUCCAAGGACCCGGCAACAGCUAAGAGGCAGCGGAUGUCCUCACCUGAGCCCCUACCUAACAUGGCUCCUCAUGUGCCUGGACGCCAGCUCUGGAAAUGGUCCGGCAACCCCACACAGAGGAGAGGUCUGAAGGGUAAAGCCCGCAAGCUUUUCUACAAGGCCAUCGUGAGGGGCAAGGAGACGGUGCGUGUCGGGGACUGUGCUGUGUUCCUGUCACCUGGCCGGCCCCAGCUGCCCUACGUGGGCAGAGUGGAGAGCCUCUGGGAGUCGUGGAGCUCCAGCAUGGUGGUCAGGGUCAAGUGGUUCUACCACCCGGAGGAGACUCGCCUGGGGAAGCGACACCGCGACGGCAAGAAUGCCUUGUAUCAGUCAAGCCAUGAGGAUGAGAAUGACGUGCAGACCAUCUCCCAUCGCUGCCAGGUGGUCAGCAAGGUCGAGUAUGAUCACCUGAUGCGUGACCGUAAGCCCGGCAGCGCAACCAACGACCUGUUCUACCUUGCCGGAACUUACGAACCAACCACGGGCCAGCUGAUCAGCGCCGACGGCCUGGCCAUUGUGUCCUAGCACCCCAAGCUAGAGAGAAAUCCAAAUAUUGAACCUGAGCCCUGGAGUUCCAGGAUGGUCCUUCAGAAUGGAGCUGGGGACAGAGAGGAAACCAAGACAAAGAGCUUUGGCUCUGCGUAUUGAUCUGUCCCUUGUAAGAGAAGGAGCUAGCCCACUGGAUAAAGCCCGACAGUACUGGCACUUAGAGGUUUGUUCUAGGGAAAAGUCUGAUCCAUGUCAGAUUUAACCUCUUUAUCAGAUGUGGACUGAGGCUCCUUGUCGCAGCGAGAGUCUCCAGCCUUCCCUGUGGCUGAAAUAACAGAGUAUCUCGUCACUGCGACAAGAUUACUGCAACAAAAGAACAGGAACCAAGGACAUGAGCACUUUGGAGUACAGUCGCUUGGAUAUGCUAUGAAGGGAGGCUGUUAGACUUGGCUUUCUAAAACAAAGACUGACUCAGAGAGUGGGAGAGACUGUAUGGUAAGGACAGACUUACUGUAAACCACACUGGUUUGGAGGGUUUUAAUGGUCUUAUACUGGUAGUUUGACGAUGACAACGUGAUUGAGAGAUCCCCACCAGGACCAAAAAACACUGUAGUUCGGACUUUGUGUGUAUGUGUAUGUGUGCGCGCGCGCGCGCGUGUGUGUGUUUGCAGAGUGGCUGCCCUGUUUGGCAUUUAAUGAGCUCUUAAGUAAAUAGUGCUUUAGCGUGCGUGUGUGUGUGGUCAUGCACAUGUACACCUGCGUUCAUCGAACAGGGAUGAUGUCAUGACACAUUGUCAGUAUGUCUAACACUCUAAAUAUUAAUCUGUCCAGUACUUAACGUGCAGUUUUCAGCGCUCGCGGCUGGAAUACGAAUUUUUUUUCUCCCGCCAAGCCAUACACGUCAAUACCUCGCUCUCGCAUCCUUCUAUUCAGGUGCGAAGACACAUGUACAGGUAGUUGGGAUUGUUUAUUUGAAAUGUGCGUGCAUGGCAGCGUGCGUGCGUACGUGUGCAUGGAGCGUGUGUGUGCGCUUUGUACAGCAUCAUGUAUAAUAUAACACGUUGUAAAUAGUAUACAUAUAUAUUUGUUCUUGUUUCUUUUUUCUUUUGCAGAGAAGAUUAUUUUAUUUAGAUUUUUUUAGGGUGUGUGUGGGUGGGUUUUUGGGGACAGAGGGAGGAGGUCGGGUUAGUUUCCUUCACUCUCACUGCACUGAACAGGAUUGGAGGUUUGGAUUUGGGGUCAAACUGUACAACUGAUGUGAAGACUUUGUGGUUGUAAGCCCCGCUUUAGGCGAAGGGUGAAUAUGUCGAAAGGGUGUUUGGGAAAUGUUUUAUAAGGAAAUCAGAAAAAGGCUCUUUUUAAACAUGUGUCUAAAUCUUUUUGUCUUUAUUUUACUCUGUUGGGUUUAGAAUGUGCAUUUCCUGUUGGGAGCUUAUUUUUAAACAAAUACUGGAAAAGAAACUGAGUUUCUGCUGUUCUCCGAUCCUAAAAGAAUCUUCUUUAUCUAUUUUAGCCUGUAUUCCUAUAUAAAAUGUAGAUAUUUAUCUGGCAUCAAAAAGAAACAUACCAAAGCACCUGUGAGUUUACGCUUCACUGCAUUAGAAGAAAAAAAAUUAUGUAACAAAAAAAAAAAAAAAAAGGACAUAAAAACGUUCAAUCAAAUCUGAAUCC